AACGCACCUCCGCUCCGACCAGUACCGCCCGCCCAGCAACCGGCCGUCUUCUUAGACAGUUUAACCGGGAUUCUGUUUGGAGACAGACAGAGGUAUGUACCUAGUGGGGUUCGUAUCUGGAGUGCUCGCGUCUAGCGUCUCGUUGCGAUGUUCUUGGUGAUUCCGCCGCCCUUAAAUUUUCUCCUCGAAGACCUAGGUGCCUCGACGUCCUAAGUUCACUGAGUGUUUUGGGGAAUGUCGACAAACGAUGAGCAUCUGCGUCUUUAGGGGGCCCAUGCAGCGCCAUGGUGCACGAUAUCUGAGGGGCGUUUUCCUUGACCAGCGAUAGAUGGAUAGGAUGGAUGGGUAUCCUUUUCGUACUUUGUAGUUGGUGAUGUCCGAGGCCUUGUCAGCCGCCAAAUAGCCGUCAACAUCACCCCCCGUCCUCCGGAGUGUCCACACGCCACUGCGCAGAGCCCCCUCCACCCUACGCUGCUUCGAUCCUUCUAUUUGAGAAACGCGACUGCUUCCGCGCCUGGGUCUAAAUCUAGUUGAUUUCCAUGUCUUGACGGCCGGAGGAUGGCCGUUGUUGUGCCGUUGUUGAGGCUGGGAGGGCACUUUUUGGCAUAUUUUGUUUUUGCAACAGCACACCCCGUUUGCUGGCUAGCACGGGGGUUCAUUUGCUCAAAUCAAUUGUAAAAUGACUAUUGCCAGUCCACGUCUGGAACAUACAACAUCGCGACGCUCAAUUGCUGCCAUCGUCCAGGCCAGCCCCGCGGUACACCCCCAUUUUAACUUCAACAUGUCACAUGGACUACGGGAGAAGAUUAAUUGUACAGCGCGAUGGAAUAUGCUGAGGGCAUGUACAGAUAGGUACGUCACUCACCGUGGUGUAUGUUCCCUCACCUACUAGACACUCUCUUCUAUUGGCACCUUUACUGCUACUGCUACUGCUACUGCUACUAGACCACAAGGUUGUCUCGCUCAAUGGACCGUAUAUAUAACAGCACCUGAGCUAAAGAAAGACGGGGGAUCUUUAGGAAUAUGUCCUAUCGACGACUGGAAAUGUUAACUCCACAUCAGCCAGAGGAGUUUUUUGGUGGAAACUACAGCCCACCUCACAUAAAGGAGGGGGAAGACUUGCAUGUCGGAUCAGGAUAUAUUGCUUCUUUUCCAUACCGUAGAUAGAUAUGUGUGUGACAUGAUGCUGCUAAAGUGCAGCAGCCGUGAAAAAGACAAAACAACAGAACAACAUCAGAAUGUCCUGGAUUCCCUCGACAAUGAACCAGAGACUAUUCGCAGCCUGACUGGCCCACAGAAGCUGUGAGAGAGUGAGAGCUACGAAAAGUGAUAUUUAGCCACUGGACGUGCUCCGUGACAAACUCUCGGAACAAAUGGUGUCCAACCCCAUUGGCAGGGAGAGAAACUCAGAUGGGACGGGAAUAUAUUUAUGGGAAAACCACAGGACAAUCUCUGUAUUCCCACAGUGGUUAAAUGGGAGGAUGCUGGGGCUUUUCUUUUUUUUUUUUUUCCUGUGGGCGCUGUUGUUGUUUUGGGCUGUCAUCAAUUUGGGACACAAUCGUAGACUCACCACUCUUUGCAACCGGCGGACUCAUUUGCUGCUGGAGCUACCAAGACACGGGCGGUAACCACCAGAGCUACACACCAACCCCCCCAACAACGCCUCUUGCAACCUACAACAAAAGCUCUCCAACGGCAAAUUUGACGGAACAGGAUUAUCAACCUGCGGCGCCAGACUCUGACUAUAUAUAUAGUCUUGCAACUCACUGUCUCAUUGAGGAACAUCUGAUAUUUACUACAAAGCCCUGUCGCGCUACUGGAGCCUCCAGACCGCUACAGCCAACCACUCUCGCAUAUCCUAGGGGUCCAUCUGAAACUGUGGCAGGCCUUCGGAUCUGAGAAUAUUGUUUGGAUUGCAUGUAAUCCCAGCGACAGAUAGGGAAUUUCAACAGCAAAAAGAGAAAAGCAAAAAAAAAAAAAAAAAGAAAAGAAAAGAAAAAAAGAAACCGAACUGCGCAGUGAGUGCCUGUGGGCGCCCGUUGCUGACUCCGGUUGACGCCAAGCCCUCAACGCCGCUAGCGCAAAAGGAAUCUCCAGUAUCGCCAGUCCUUCUAUUCCGCACGACGUUUCUUGAUCAACCCCCUCUCUCCCGACACAACUGCUGCCAACUUAUCCCUUCAACCGAUUCUUAACCAGAUGCCGCUAACGAUUACAUGGCUGGGUCCCGAAGGAAUCCGCUGAUGAAAGACCAGUGGAGAGCCGACGACGACCACAAAGAGAGAGACGACCCACAUCCACAUCACAGAGAACGAGACAGAGAAAGAGACCGCGAACGGCCUGAGCGGCGUCCACGAUCACCGCCGGCCUCGCGUCGUGGGGCAGGCCGUGGCCACGAAAGAUCUAGAGGCCGUGGUGCUUCAUUCGCUAAUCAUAAUCAAUCGUCCCGUCGUCCCCAGACAGGCCGGAGGGGAGAUAAUAAGAAACACAUUAAUAGCAAUUAUAAUAGUAAUAGGAACAGACGACUUUCUCCUUCCUCUCACAUCAGGGCUGCAGACACUGAACAGCGAGAUUCUACGCGUCAGCCAGAGGCUCAGGUAACUUCUCGGGCUGACCACAAAAAUUUACCACCACAGUCUCCUGCCCCGCCCCCCAAGCGGAAACGAAGUCGGAGCAUUUCGCCAUCUCGCCCUCAGCCGCACCCACGCCCCAAGCGGCGAGACGGUCGUAAUCGAGACCGCCCCGAGAGAGGCAGAGGUCGACCCAGUCGCAAUUUCUCCCCGAGGAGGGCCCCGAUUCCCCGUGGCAAGGAUUACCGACCGGCGGACCUUCGUUCUGAAGUCUCGACAUCCGACUACUUGCAGUCUCGCCGCAGGCGUUCCAGAUCCCGAGAUUCAUUCAUAGAAAGACGCAGCCUAUCCCCGCGUCGUGUUUCUCGGAGUCCUCCGCCUGGAAAGGACUACGUGGAUCAUUCCCCGCGCCCUUCAUCCCGUCACUCCUUAGUGUCAAGAGGCUCGCGGCAAUCACCACCGCCGAACUAUCGAAAAAGCACAGAAAUGCAAUCUACGCGUCCAAUCCAGUCUAUUGUGGAUGACCCACGCCGCUCUCCAUCCCCUCUUCGUCCCAUUCCUAGCUUCGAUGCUGGGAACCCGAAUCAAAAUACCGACAAUGAUGCUCGGAUACGGGAUACUUUUCAAAACCACAGUAUGCGUGGCUCACGCCGACCAUCUCGUCCACAGGUCGAUACACGCCAAUCUUACAAUACCUCGCCACAGUAUGUGACGCCCACGAGCUCCCGCCUUGGGUCCCCGCAAUCGGGGUCUCCGUACAGUGGUAGUAGGGGAUCGUGGACUGGCCAGCAGCCAUACCAUGGGCAGCAAGGACAAAUGGGCGGCUAUUCGCCACCUUAUAGACAGGCGACUUAUCCCCCUCCGCAGGGCGGGUCUCAGGGACAGUAUUACCAAGGCCAGCCGUAUUCCGCAAGCGCAGCCCACGGACAACCAGGAUACUCUAGUCAGACAUAUAGAGGUGGCCCUCCGGGAUAUCGGGGCACUCAAUAUAAUCAAACCCAGGAUCGUCGAUUUUCUGGACCAGGUUCGCAAUCAUAUGGGAACGCGCAGCCACAACCACAACCCCAAACACAAACCCAACAACAACAGCAACAACGGGGAAGAGGGAGCCAUUUUAACAAUCUGCAAUGGACUCCUUCCGGUGGACGUGGCCGCGGAGCACACGGACCUCCUGGGGGCUCGCUUCAACAUCCUCACCUUCCAGAUGAGCGCUUAUCGCCUGAAAUUGACGAAGAUGAUAACCCAUUCCGCCCAUCCAAGGAUUUACAGGUGGAAGACGAAGACUCAAAGCCCAAACCGGAGAAGCAAGAUUCAAAGAAAAUGCCGCCUCCCAAUCGACAACAGGGUGCCCCUGCACAACCCAAAGAGAAAGAAUCAGGAAAAUUCAGUUUCGCUUUCAAAUCAAAGGCUCCGGCCCCGGCUACGCCUAAGCCAGUGCCCGACCUUGCACAAAGGAUGCGUGAACCCCCUCCAAAGGCGGUAGAGACAACGAAGAACAAACAAUCGAAUGCUCCUCCACCGAGGGAAAAGUCUAGUAAUCGGCUGGAUCGAAGAGAUGACAGACGAGACUCGCGGAGAAACGACCGUCGGGUUGACAAUCGAGGAGAGAGGUAUCGUGAUCGACGGGAUGAACGACGGGUGGAGCCCCGACAUGAGAGACGGCCAGAGCGAUCGCCAGAACGUAAGAAACCGAAGAAAAUCCUGAAGCGAAUGAAGCCACGUCCAACGAUAUCUGAAGAGUUCUCCAAGUCCGACUCUGUCUACUACCGAAAACCCGGAAACGAGUCGGUUAUUGGAGCGGGAACAUACGGCAAGGUGUUCAAGGCCAUUCAUGUUUAUACUAAGAAUAUGGUCGCGCUGAAGAAGAUACGUAUGGAGGGUGAGAAGGAUGGGUUCCCCAUUACGGCCGUUCGUGAGAUUAGACUGCUCCAACAUCUCCGGCAUGAUAAUAUUGUCUGUCUGCAGGAGGUUAUGGUAGAGAAAAACGAAUGCUUCAUGGUGUUCGAGUACUUGUCUCACGAUCUGACUGGCCUCAUCAACCAUCCGACAUUCUCUCUCACAGCUGCCCAUAAGAAACAUCUUGCACGACAAAUGUUCGAUGGUUUAAAUUAUCUACACCACCGCGGGGUGCUACAUCGAGACAUCAAAGCCGCGAAUAUCCUCAUCAGUAAUCAGGGACAACUGAAAUUUGCUGAUUUCGGCCUCGCGCGAUUCUUCUCUAAGAGCCGGCAGCUAGACUACACCAACCGCGUCAUCACCAUCUGGUACCGCCCACCAGAACUCUUACUAGGAGAAACUCGAUAUGGCCCCGCCGUCGAUAUCUGGAGUGCUGCAUGUGUAUGGGUAGAGAUGUUUACCAAGAAAGCCGUGUUCCCCGGUGAGGGUGGCGAGAUCAGUCAACUUGAGAAGCUAUACAAUUCAUUGGGCACUCCGACCCGCGCUGACUGGCCUGAUAUUGUCGAAAUGCCGUGGUUUGAGCUAUUACGCCCGACAGAGCGGAAACCACGCACCUUUGACGAUGUUUAUAAAAAUAUCCUGUCCCCUGCUGCCUUAGACCUCGUUUCCAAGAUGUUCCAGUAUGAUCCUGUCAGAAGACCCUCUGCUGAGGAGGUCCUCACACACCCAUACUUCACGUCAGAGGAACCAGGGCCCCAGCAGGCUAUUGAGCUCGCAAAUGUCGAAGGCGACUGGCACGAAUUCGAAUCCAAAGCCCACCGCAAGGAAAAGGACAAAGAAGCUCGUCGUGCAGAGCAUCAGCGCGAAAAAGAAAAGCGUAGAGUGAGCGGUGGCGCUGCUCGGAGCAGUGAUGGGCGGGAUACCAAGCGGGCACGCAUAGAGGAAGGUACCUCUUCUCAGCUUCAGUCGCUUGAAAAUUGAAAGUAGAGAUCCUCGUGGUAUUCAUUUAUAGCUCCACACCGGAACUGUUCCCCCCUUGUUUUCUCAAGAAGGGAACUGUCAGUUGGGUGGAGAAGCAUAGUGUUUCUUUUUUUAUUAUUUUUUUUUUAAUGCCUUAUUUCUUUUCAAACAAAUUUAAGCGGCUCCUUUUUCUUACUUUUUUUUUUCGUACAUGGAAACACAAAAAGGAAAAGCAUGUUUGGCGAUAUCCGUUUAUAUAACCUUUAUUUUUUUUCUCCCCCAAAUUGGGGAUGUGAUUGCCCAUUAUGAACUCAUUUCCCCCUUUUUGCCAACUGCGUACAUUAUUCUGCUCUAUUUCUUUCAAGAUCCUUCUCUAUCUCUGCGAUCCUUUUGUCCUAUACUACCCAGUUUUUAUUUUGCUCUCUCUCCCUCUUAUUCACCACCUCCACAGUACUUUCCGUAUGAUUGCAACCCACGGUGUUUCUUGUUUAGCUACUUGUUUGGUGUCAUGAAUAUUCCAAGUCCCAUUGACGUUAUAGCAUUUGAAUGAUAUAGUCCCAAACCUCUUUCUGCCUCUCUGACCCAGUCCUACAGGCAAGGACCUUUGAUCGAGCUUCGGUCUAUGUCUUUCAGCUACCCAACCAAGGUGAAUUUUCGAGGUGGGUGUCAGGCGUGAUAAAUACGCCGCCUAUGGGAAAAAUCUCUGAUACAAAGAUGAUGUCUACGCACUUGUAUGCAUAUGAGCGGGGGAAUGAAUCGAAGACGCGACAUAUCAUACGGUAUCUGUGAUCUUAAUAUAACUAUGUCUAAUAGGGUACAAGAUAGCGAGGCGGUGCGUUCUAUUGUUCUUCAAAUACGCGCCCUGUAAAUCCAAUUUUAUGUAUAUAUCGCUAACAAACUGUGGUAUCAAAAGUAAAAUGCCCAUGCCAUAUGAGCAGGAGGGUAUCGCAGUCAAACCCGGCGAAUCAUUUCUAUAUUGACCUUCUUUUCUUUGCCUUUUUAUUUUUAUUUUAUUUUUUUCUAAUUUUCCCAAUAAGCACAGGGAUGUAUGUCACAGGCUUGAAAGCCUGACACCUGCCCGUCUGCACUGACACUUCAACCCAUUCACAUCUUGGGCCCAUUAGCAUAACUAAUCCCCCCCCAAAACUCCCCAUGAACCACCGCGGCAAUUAACUGAUACGCAAUCGCCGUCCUGGGCGGCAAGCGCAGCCCACCCUCUUUAUAUCCCGACCCAGGUUUCCCCGACAAAUCGCUGGUGCCCACUUUCAACGCCUCCUCAGCUUCCGCAAUAGAGAACCACCGCGCAUCUUCUAGUUCUGGGUCAUGCUGGAGCGAGAUGAUUUCAUGCUCCGGCUUCGCCACCUGCGCAAUGGCGCCAAUCAUCAGAUUGGCCGGGUACGGCCAUGGCUGCGUGCUAUGGAUGACGACACGGGACACCACCACGCCAGACUCUUCCCACACCUCGCGCCGCACUGCAUCCUCGACGGAUUCGGCGGGCUCAAUGAACCCGGCCAGCGUCGAGUACCAGUUGGGCGGGUAUCGCUUCUGCCGGCCCAGAAGCAGGCGUUGGCCGUCGUGGCUGACGACGACCACGAUGAUGGUUGGGUCAGUACGGGGGAAUGAGAUGUUUGAGAUCGUUGUGCGGGUGCUGCAGGGCGGGCGGGGACCUUGGGGGUCGUGCGGUGGGCAAGCGCGCUUUGUGCCCGCUUGGACAGACAUGGUUAGGUGGCCGCAGGUGCCACAGUAUAUGUUGCGCGUGUUCCAGUCGAGAAUGGCGCGGGCUUGGGCAUAUAUGGCGGCUAUGUCGGCGGGGAGGGUGGUGACGGUGCGGCCCCGGAAGAAAGACAAGCCCUUGGCUUCCAUAGUUGCGAUAAUGUCCUUGGCAGGUUGUUCUAUUGUGCCGCGCGGGGUGACGUCUAGGGCGAAGAAGGGGGUUCCCUUAUACGUUUUGUAGCUCAAAGUAUUUUCCGUCUGCGUCUCGUCUAGACCUAGGAAUAUCAGGAGGGGCUUUGUGACGGAGGGGUCGAAGUCCUUGAGGGCGUCUACUUCGGAUUUAUCGAAGAUGUCUUCGGGAACGAGGGUCUUGACAUCAUUGUAGGAAGCGUAGAAGAGCUCUGAGGGGCUGCGGAUGAGGGGGUUGAGCUCGUUGAAGAGUAGAAAGCGGCUUGUUGGGUGUCUUAUCGCUGCUGAUAAGAAUGCGCCAUCUGCUCGGAGGAACGAGACCCGGUUUAAACGCGAACCUGCGAAGGAGAUGCUAGGGCUUAGCCAUAUCGUUGUACUACAGAGAUGGGGAGGAAAUGAGCGAGAUAGUUACUCACUUGAGAAAUAGUUCACUGUCUCCUUGCCAAACUUGCGAGAAAGCAUGGAAUCCAGCUGGGCAUGCGUGGGUGCGGGUAUAUCAGCAAUGGCUUCAGAGGGAGCGGAGGACAUGGCUAUUUGUUCCCGGUGAAGACAAUGGGUUUUAUGUAUAUGAGCUCUUCUUCCGGGUUCAGGGUGUUAAGACAGAAAAUGGCUUGACAAAAGUGUGUAGAUGCGCAUUUGCUUGCUCUCGCUCGUCGUCUUCCCCGCGAUUAUACGAUGACUCAGCGGAUUGACCUCGGCAUUCCCCAAAGGGGAAAUGUUGAAGGCUUUCAUUUAGAUCCAAAAACAUCGCGAAAGUCGAGAUAGCGGAGGGGAAGUUGCUGCAUUGAUUGGAAUUCCGCGGGGUGUCAGACACUCGAUGUAUUAGAAAAUUUUGCUACCAUGGCAAAAGAUGUUUUAAUUUUACGCCAGGGGAACAUGGGAUGGUUGCAUUUAGGGCCGUGGUUAGGAUAAUCAGUCUAGGUUCCCAGCAUGCAUCGACAGAGAGAAUGCAAUUUCACAAUCAUCUUGGUCACCAAUUGUACCAAAUACCUUGCAAUUGAAGGCAUCACC